AAAUAACUUAAACAUGUCUGGAGUCGUGUAUCCACCAGAGAGCGUCUACAAUCUGAUCCCAACGGAAGAGGUUCAUACUCAAACCUCGCAAAGGUAACGUCAGCGUGACUAUCGUUAAAUAACGUAAGCUCGUCACGUUCACCUUGCUAACUACCUAGGUUAGCUAGUCUACUCGGGUUACCUAGCAACUAACCUAGUCAGUAACUAGUGUCCAAGGUUUUGCCCAAACUAUAAUAAGACAUAGAAAGCAAAGUAUGACAUUUUACUUGUGAUUUUGUAUUCUAUUUAGUGUGUCUACUAUUUGGACCUUGAGUCUGAAAUAAAAGUCUGAUUGAUAGAUUAUGACCUCAAGUCUAGCUUUGGAAUUUGGCCCCACAUUGUAACCUGUAGCAUAGCAAACCAUUUUGGUGAUGAAAUUGGUUGGUAACUGCAAAUAAUUAUAUAGUAUGGUGAAAAAUGCCCUGAGAUGGUGAUUUGGCACUGGAUAAACAGGUACAUGUCCAAGUAUAGGCCGACAGUUGUUCUUGAGAAAAAGUUAACGAAGGAUGCAAUGAAGACGAUGGGGCCAGCGAAAGUAGAGGUUCCAUCCCCAGAGAGAUUCCUCAAGAAGCAUUCCAAAGAGCCCAAAUUGCCCCAAAAAACGCUGUGUUCCAAAGACGUGCGUCACACCUGCACCGUGAAGAAAGCAGCGGUUCCCUUGAAGACGGACAUCCCGCCCAUGGGCAUCCACACCACGAGAGACUUCAUAAGGACGGCCACGGCGGUGCCCAUGAAGCCCCGGCCGACCUGCGUGGACACCCGGAACGGACACAAGCAGCUCCUUGAGAACUCAGGACUCGUCCCCAAAUACAUCAAGAAGAAGCAAUACGGAGAAGUACCCGAGUACCUGCAGCAGCGCAAUGACAAAGAGCGGAGGGAGCAGGAGGAGCUCCACGACCUCCUGACAGAACAGCGGCAGCAGGGAGCCAUGAAGCACCUGACGGAGGAGGAGCGGCGAGCCACGCUCGAGGGCCUGAAGAAGUCGUGGGAUAAGCUGCACCACCAGUACCAGAGCCUCUCGUUCGUCACGGACAACCUGUCCAAGAAAGCCCACAGGGACCAACUGGAGCUGCAGCUGCAGCAGCUGGAGAGCGACAUCAACCUCUUCGAGAGGUUCAAGACCAUCUACAUACAGUAACCGGACAUUAAACACUGGAGUCAGUCGGCUGUGCGGUGCCCUGUGUGUGUCUCGAGAAAGAAAACACCACACACACACACACACUCCAAAUGUCACAUGAGCUAAACAGACGUCUGUCUACUCGCAUAUUCUCUCUGUCACAUGAACAAUGGAACAAAGAUGAAACUGUGAAGCCCAGCGAACUACAAAUUAAGGAAUUAUGCAGAAUGACCGUGUGAAUUCAUAAGCAUUCAAAAGCAUUUCUCGGUGGACUAUUGGCAUUCUUUGGAGGGAGAAAUGUGUAUUUUUUUGUUGUACUGUUUCUCAUUUUAAAGGCAAAAAAAAGUGUAGCUCCACAACUCUAUAUACAUCUUAGAAAUAUUACAUCUUAAAUCAAAAAAUAAAUGUAUCUUUAUCCCUUUUUUUCUUUCUUUUCACCUUCUCACUGAUUUUUUUGUUGUUGGAAGGAACAACUUUAAAAAUCAAUUGAAUUAAAACUGAAU